GCGGCGGGUCACGUGACUGUAGGCCUGGGCUCCGGCAGCGUUGGGUAAGAUGGCGGCCGCGGGCUCUCCGGACGGAGGUUCGGUGUUUCGGGUGUGAAGUCGGAGGGCGGUGAACGGACAGACGCUGCGGGGGAGGAUGCGGGGCCGGCGGGGGAGACCUCCGAAGAGACCGGCCGUCCCGGUAGAGCCGCCCUCCGCGCCCCCCGGUCUCCGCACCCGGCUGAGGGGAAGCAGCCGCGGCCGGUGGAGGAGGAAGGCGCCGUCCCCCCCGCCACCCCCCGGACCGGUCCCGUGUACUGUCGGCCGCCGGCAGAGGAGGGGGAGGGGAGGAGGACGGGGAAGGGCCGCCGUCGCCACCAACAUCAACCGGAUCGUGUACGACGAUUCCAGCGAGGAGGAGCGAGUCCGGGAGACCGAGGAUGAGGAGGACGAGGAGGAGCCCCCCCCGGAGGAAGACCCCCUCCUCCUCCUAGACGAGGAUUACCGGGAGGAGCAGGAGAGCGACGACGGCACCGACUACAGCGGAUACAGCGGGACACCGGGAAGGCGAAAACCGCGGAUCCACCGGCCGCGGUCCCCGAUAUACGAGGAGAAGGACGUCCCGCCUCUGGAGUUCCCCAAGUCUUCGGAAGAUUUGCUGCUGCCCUCUGAGCACCUGAUGAGCGUGAUCGCCGUCUACGAGGUGCUGAGGAACUUUGGCACGGUCCUGCGGCUCUCCCCUUUCCGCUUUGAGGACUUCUGUGCCGCUCUGGUCAGCCAGGAACAGUGCACCCUGCUGGCCGAGACGCACGUCGCCCUUUUGAAGGCCGUCCUUCGAGAGGAGGACACCUCCAAUACUACCUUCGGACCGGCCGACUUGAAGGACAGCGUCAACUCCACCCUUUACUUCAUCGACGGCAUGACCUGGCCGGAGGUGCUGCGCGUUUACUGCGAAAGCGACAGGGAGUUCCACCACGUUCUUCCCUUCCAGGAAGUGGACGAUUAUCCGUACGGCCCCAUAGAGAGCAAGGUGCAGGUGCUGCUCUUCCUGGUGGACCAGUUCCUGACCACCAACAUAGCCCGCGAGGAGCUGAUGUCCGAGGGCGUCAUCCAGUACGACGACCACUGCCGCGUGUGCCACAAACUAGGGGACUUGCUGUGCUGCGAGACCUGCUCGGCCGUCUACCACCUGGAGUGUGUGAAGCCUCCUCUGGAGGAGGUGCCGGAGGACGAGUGGCAGUGCGAGAUUUGCGUCGCCCACAAAGUCUCAGGCGUCAUUGACUGUGUGGCUGAGAUCCAAAAAAACAAACCUUACAUAAGGCACGAGCCAAUCGGCUACGACCGCCACAGACGGAAAUACUGGUUUCUAACCAGACGCAUCAUCAUAGAGGAGUAUUCCGAGGAGGAGAAGAAGAUCUGGUACUACAGUACAAAGCUGCAGCUUGACGAGCUGUUAGACUGCCUGGACCGGACGUAUUAUGAGGCCGACCUGUGCAAGACCCUGACGGACCUCCGAGAGGAAAUCCACCGGCACAUGGAUAUCACCGAGGAGCUGACCAACAAGGCCAAGGGCAACAACCGCUCCUAUCUGUCUGUGGUCAAUGACGAGAUAACGGAACGUCAGAAAGCCAAGCUGGAGGAAGAAGAGAAGAACAAGGUCCUGGCGGAGGGGGAGAAGUCGGCGGAGAUCGCUGCAGCGGAGGGGGAGAAGUCAGCGGAGAUCGCUGCAACGGAGGGGGAGAGUAACAAAGAGCCUAAUCCCGCCUCCAAUCCAGAGGGGGAGGGGCUGGACAAAGAGCAGAAAGGAGAGACAGUCAGUGAAAAAAGCAGCAUGGAGCCCCCUUCAUCCACCAAUGGCAGCCAACCCUCCGAGACCCCCAACAAGGACUCUGAAGACAAGACUGUGCCGAGCAGCAAAGCGUCAGAAAGCAGCGCUGACCCCGAACCGGCCUCUUCAUCCUCCACUACUACUUCCGAAGGUGCAGAAGCCUCCUCCGGCACUGGUGUACCUCCUGCGUCUCAGCCUAGCAGCGAUGACAAGACCACGACGACGUCUGACCAACAGAAGGAGACUCAGCCGCCGGUCUCAAAGCCGGAGGAUGCAGCUCCUGUGGAGGUGAAGGCAGAGAAGGGUCCUUCAGAGGCCGCGGAGACCCCUGGAAUCGGGAAGACGCCCUCUAGGAUGGUGACCAGACUACGGAACCCAGACAGCAAGUUAAGUCUGUUGAAGAAUCACCAGUGCAUUGCUGCAGCCCAUGAAGCUAAUAAGAUUUAUAAGGAUGGCAGAGAGGUCCUGGUGGUGAAUUCCCAAGGGGAGAUCUCCCGGAUGAGCACCCGAAAGGAGGUGGUGAUGAGGGGCAUUCUCAGCACCUAUUUCAAACUGGGGCAAGAGGGCAAGUACCGGGUUUAUCACAAUCAGUACACCACAAACUCGUACGCACUGAACAAGCACCAGCACCGGGAGGACCACGACAAGCGCAGGCAUCUGGCGCACAAGUUCUGCAUGUCGCCCAACGGAGAGUUUAAGUGGAACGGCUCUGUGCACGGGUCCAAGGUGCUGACCAUAUCCACGCUGAGGCUGACCAUCGUCCAGCUGGAGAACAAUAUCCCGGCACCUUUCCUGCAUCCCAAUUGGGCCUCUCACAGGUCCAACUGGAUUAAGGCUGUCCAGAUGUGCAGCAAACCCCGGGAAUUCGCACUGGCGCUUGCAAUACUGGAGUGUGCCAUUAAACCCGUUGUCAUGUUACCAAUAUGGAAAGAUUGUUUGGGUCACACCAGGUUACGGAGGAUGACAUCCAUGGAAAGAGAAGAGAAGGACAAGGUGAAGAAGAAGGAGCGGAAGCUGGAAGAGGAGGAAACCAUGCAGCAGGCUACUUGGGUCAAGUACACGUUCCCCAUAAAACAUCAGGUAUGGAAACAGAAGGGAGAGGAGUACAGGAUCACCGGCUAUGGAGGGUGGUGCUGGAUCAGUAAAACUCACGUGCACCGAUUUGUAACGCGCCUUCCCGGAAACACCAACGCCAACUAUAGGAAGAUGUUGGAAAAGGGCAGUGAAAAUGCUGAAGGCAAGAUGGAGGUGGAUUGUCCCAAGACAGAGGAGAGCAAACCGGAUCCACCACCAGUAAAGGCCGUGAAAAGAGAAGAGGAGGAGGAAGAGGACAAGAGGGACCAAAUUAAAAAGCAGAUUGAGGCCAGUGAGAGGGAACAUUUGAUGGACCAGGACAAUGAGACUACAGAGAAAGAUCAAGAAGAUUCUGAGCCGAUCAAGGAAGAGCCAAUGGAGAUGGACUCUUCACCUGGGAAAGAGGAGACUUUUCCCGACGCGGAUUUGAUAAACGUCAGCCUGGGCUUUCAGAUGAGGACGUGGUAUAAAAAGAAAGUAAAGACCUCUCGGCUGGAUGGGCUUCUGGACCGGCGUGUCAAACAGUUCACACUUGAAGAAAAACAGCGGAUGGAGAGACUUAAGUUGGGCGGCGCGGCUAAACAGACAGGGGCCUCCAAUCGGCAGCAGAGCUUACAUGAAGGCGCCAAAAUCAAAUCUGAGAAAGCGGACGAGUCCUGCAAGGCCGUAGUCAGGAGACUUAACAUGGAUCUGGUCGAUGGUCCUGGGGCAAAAGCUGCUAUUCCUUGUAUAGAUAAAACUCCAGGCUCACAGGUUCCAGACCCCUCAAAGAGCACCUCUUCUGCUCAGGAACUGAGUGUCAAGCCCAGUACGGGGGAUUUGGGGUCUGUAACAAGUGAAACUAGCAAGGCACUCGAUGAAAAGCAGGAUAGAGAUCCAAGCUCUUCUCAGAGUGUUGUUGUUCUGCCCAAGACGACGGAAACCAAAGAGGAGAGUCAGAGCCGUGCAGAUAAACUCCCUGAGAACUGUUCUUCCGGUGCUUCAACAGUUGUGCCCUCAACUGCGUCGGGUUUAGGCCAAGAAAAAGUCCUAGAAAACUCUCCCUCUGUUUCUUGCGAGCCCAUUCGGGAAAAAGACUGUUCCAAUUCUGUAAACAAUAAGCCGGUGGUGCCUGGAGAAGUCAAAAACUCCGCUGUGGUCGGGGAGGAGGGUAACCGCAGCAGACAAGACUCUGCAAAUCGUGAACGUUCUGAGCUGGCAUCAGAAAAUCGUUCAAUGGCGGGAACAUCAGACCCGGAAACGUCGUGCGACUCCCAAAUGGGUGGUGCGAGCCAGUCUGCUAAUGGAGAGCCAGGCCAAGAUGAAAGGACUAAUGUUGCACACGGGGGCUCUGAUGGCCACGACAUAAAAUGCAAUAACAUUAAUUCUCAAGAAGGAAAGGCGGAAGUCACACCCCAAGUCAACGGUAAGGGCGUGUUUUUGGGAAAAGACGCGUGCGACGACCGGCCUGUGCAGGAGCCGAAAUCGAAAGACCCCUCGCUGAAUUGUUCCGAUCAUGAUGCAAGAGUAAAAGAUUCAGUGGCAAGACCUUUAAUGAAUGGAGAUGUGAACAAGGAGGACGUAGAGGACAAAAAUGGAGUCUCUGCACCACUGUCUCCCAGUAAAGACUCAGGGAACACGGAGAAGGAAAAGACGUCGUCCAACUCUGAGAAACAUUCUGGUGGGUCUGGUCACACGAAGGUUAAGACCCUGGAUGGGUCUAGUGAUUCAGGGGCCCGACCAUCACUCGGUUCUGUUUCUGGCGUAGGGGAGAUGGAGACACGGGAGCCUCAAAGAAUAUUGUCUCCUGUCAUCUCAGGAGAAGAGUCCAGUUUGAGUAACGAUUCUGCCGAGCAGAACGAUUUACCGGCGGACAUAGUCAACGGGGAGGCCAAAAUAAAAACCGUUGUCACGGAAGUGACCACUACAACUUCAACCGUGUCGACGUCAAAGACUGUUGCGGUGGGCGGUGGAGGGUCUUCUAAGCAAUCGUCAACGGUUGUGUCUUCUACAGCGAACGUCUGCCUGUCCUGUACAACCACAACCACUACUGUAACCAAGGUUGUGUCACCGAGUCUCUCCGAUGGCUUUGUCGCUGUAAAAGAGUGUAGUAAAACUGUGGUUACGACAACUGUGGCCGACUCUUUGACCACCUCCGACGGGACGCGCGCUUCUUCAAUGACUGUAAGCAAAGAAUACACAACCAAGGACCGCGUGCGACUCAUGAAGUUCACAAAGGCCAAGAAGUCGAGGUCCGGAACGGCUCUCCCGUCGUACCGGAAGUUUGUGACCAAGAGUAACAAAAAGAGCAUAUUCGUCCUGCCGCUCGAUGAUCUCAAGAUCAUCUCUCGUAGGGGAGGAAUCCGAGAGGUUCCUGUAUUCAGUUACAAUGCUAAACCAGCAAAUGAUAUCUGGCCAUACCCUUCUCCGCGGCCAACGUUUGGGAUCACGUGGAGGUAUCGGCUUCAGACGGUGAAAUCUCUGGCGGGAGUGAGUCUCAUGCUGCGUCUCCUGUGGGCAAGUUUACGGUGGGACGACAUGGCAGCCAAGCCCCCUCCUGGUAGUGGCACCACACGUACAGAAUCUACUGAAACAGCGAUCACCACCACUGAAAUAAUCAAGAGAAGAGACGUCGGCCCGUACGACAUCCGAUCAGAGUAUUGCGUUAGGAAAAUCAUCUGCCCAAUCGGUGUUCCAGAGGCACCAAAAGAAACGCCGACCCCGCAGAGGAAGGGCCUUCGAUCGAGUGCUCUGCGACCCAAAAGGCCUGAAACUCCCAAACAUACCGGCCCCAUCAUCCUGGAGACCUGGGUACCCGAGGAGGAGCUCGACCUGUGGGAGAUAAAGUGCUUUUCUGAAAGGGUGGAGAAGGAGAAGGGCCAGUCUGGUGACCAGGGGAAGGGUUCGGACCUGAAGAAGGGUGAAGAUGGCAAGACUCAUAUGGAAUCUCAGUUGAAGCAGCAGCGGCUCUCAGCCCAGCAGAAACGUCUGGAGCAGCAGAAACAGCAGCCGUCGAGCGGCGCCACCAUCGCCACAACCGCCACGAUAAGCAGCGCCGUCUCCCCGCUGUCCACGGCCCACAAAGUUGUCAUGAGUUCCAUCGCCAACCCGGUGACUCCCGGGACGAAGAUGGUGCUCACCACGAAGGUCGGGUCUCCUGCCGUGUCUUUCCAGCAGGGCAAGAAUUUCCACCAGACGUUUGCAACAUGGGUCAAGCAAGGACAGACGACGGCCUCAAGCACUGAUGUGUCAUCCACCUCCUCUAUCACCACCACCUCUGGCCAAACGUUCCAGAUCACUGGGAGCCCCGUGACUGUGGCCGGGAAAGUGCUCACCAAGCUGCCUCUGCCUACCAACAGUAAGCUCGUCACCCUAAAUGUGCCCUCCACGCAGGGAGGGAUGGUUCAGGUACAGCAGAAGGUACUGGGGAUCAUUCCAACCAGCACAGCCGGACAGCAGACCUUUACCACUUUCCAGCCACGGACGGCAACCGUUUCCAUCCGCCCCAACAGCCUGGCGACCGCAGUGACCACGGCCACCACACAGCAGGUGAUCACCACAGGGACCCAGAUCAGAGCCGGGAUGACCGUGAUCAGGACGCCUACUUUACAGCAGUCCACUGUUGGGAAACCGAUCAUGAGGACUCCACUGGUGGUACAGCAAGGAAUCAUCCAGUCUGGUCAACCCCAGCAAGUGGUGACCCAGAUCAUCCGAGGGCAACCCGUCACCACCACUAUGCCCAUUGGGACCGCAGUUUCCAGUAUAGGGCAGAAGGUUGGCACGCCGGUGCAGCAGGCUCAGCCACAGGCAACGACCCCGCAGGCAACGACCCCGCAGGCUGUCCGACCGCUGCAACACGGGCAGGUCAAACUGACCAUGGCACAGCUGACCCAGCUUACCCAGCAACAGGGUGGAAACCAGAGCUUGACUGUUGUGGUUCAGGGUCAGGGCCAGACCACCGGGCAGCUGCAGCUCAUUCCACAGGGAGUGACGGUUAUUCCCUCUCCAGGGCAGCAGUUAAUGCAGGCCGCAAUGCCAAAUGGCACCAUACAGAGGUUCCUGUUCACGCCGCUUCCACCGGGCACCACGACUGUUACAACCACAGUGACAUCAACCCCUUCCACCGCAGUGUCGGCAGCCCCAUUGCAGACAUCUACAGGUCAGGGUGUGGCUCAGGGUACCCAGCCAGCUCCGCCUCCACUUGCUCCAUCCCAAUCAUCGGCUCCAUCUUCAGAUCAGGCCGCGAUUCCUCCCCAGUCACAGCCCUUUCCUCAGGUCACACCUCAGCAACUGCAAACAUCUCAUCUACAGUCUUCUGUCACUUCUGUGGACAGCCAGCCAAAGGAUCAUCUCCAGGUGCCAGCCGGCACUGCACAGCCAGUAUCGGAGGCACAGCAGCCAGCCGCUUCUGUCCAGACCUUGGUGUCAGCAGAAGCAAAGACUUUACCUGCUCAAGUCCCUUCUCAGGUUUGCUUGCCGCAAGUCGCUGUCCAAAUGCAGCCUCAAACUUCCUUACAAGGCCAGACUCAGCUUAUGAGUCGACCUUCGGUUCAGACUUUGUCCCCCGCAGUCAGCCAGGCCUCGAUCCAGAUGGCCCUGCCCGCUUCUUUCCACAUCCAGUCCCAGCUUCCUCAGCAACAGCCCAUCCAAGCCCAGUCGAGACCUCAGUCUAUCAUGCAGCAAGCCGGUCAGGUGACGGUGCAAUCGCCGUCACGGGCCCAACUGCAGAUCCAGCCCACCCAGACCCAGGUUAUCACAAUGCCGCAGCUCCACCAACAGGUCCAGGUCCUCUCCCACCUUCCGUCACAAGUGGUGGCCCAGCUCCAACAAGGAGGCCUCGCCCAGCUCCAACAAGGAGGCCUCGCCCAGCAGAUCAAACUACAGCUGCCCCUCCAGAUCCAGCAGGCCGGGACCACGCAGUCCCACCAGAUUCAGAAUGUGGUGACCGUGCAGGCUUCCAGCGUUCAGGAGCAUCUGCAGAGGAUAAAACAGAUCCAGGAGCAGCAACAGCUGAAGAAGAAACUGGAGGUGAAACGUGAGCAGAGUCUGCAGGGCACCAACCAGAGCGACAUCAUCCAGAAGCAGGUGGUGAUGAAGCAGAAUGCGGUCAUUGAGCACUUGAAACAGAAGAAAAUCAUGACGCCGGUGGAGAGAGAGGAGAAUCAGAGGAUGAUCGUGUGUAACCAGGUGAUGAAAUACAUACUGGACAAAAUCGACAAAGAGGAGAAGCAGGCGGCUAAGAAGAGGAAGCGGGAGGAGAACGUAGAGCAAAAGAAGAGCAAGCAGAACGCCAGCCGGCUCUCCGCCCUUCUCUUCAAACACAAGGAGCAGCUGAAGGCCGAGAUCCUGAAGAAGAGAGCGCUGAUGGAUAAAGAGCUGCAGAUCGAGGUCCAGGAUGAACUUAAGAAAGACCUGAAUAAGAUUAAGAAGGAAAAAGAGAGAGCCCAGGCGGCGGCUCUUACAGCUGCGGCUGCUGCAGCUGCUGCCCCGCUACCUCCACCACCGCCUCCUAAAAUACCCUCACCGCCUCCUAAACCGCCUCCUAAAAUGCCAUCUCCUCCUCCUAAAAUGCCAUCUCUUCCUCCUAAAAUGCCCUCUCCUCCACCUAAAAUGCCCUCUCCUCCUCCGAAAAUGCCCUCUCCUCCUCCGAAAAUGCCCUCUCCUCCUCCUAAAAUGCCCUCUCCUCCUCCUAAAAUGCCCUCUCCGCCUCCUAAAAUGUCCUCACCGCCUCCGAAAAUGCCCUCUCCUCCUCCGAAAAUGCCCUCUCCUCCUCCGAAAAUGCCCUCACCUCCUCUUAAAAUUCCCUCUCCUCCUCCUAUACCUUCACCUCCUCCACAAACAACCCACAAGGCGACCCCCACCUCCCCAACAUCCAGCUCCACCAGCCUACCUGCCCAUAAGAGGAGGAGAGAAGAGGAGAAAGAGUCCCCUCCUUCCAAGUCUAAGAAAAAGAAAAUGAUUUCCACUACCUCAAAAGAUUCCAAGAAAGACAACAAGAUCUACUGCAUCUGCAAGACGCCCUACGACGAAUCCAAGUUCUAUAUUGGCUGUGAGCUUUGUGCUAACUGGUAUCACGGAGAUUGUGUUGGCAUCACAGAGGCGGAAGCCAAGAAAGUGGAUGUGUACAUCUGUAAUGAGUGUAAACGGUCACAAGAGGGCAGCAGUGAGGAGUUGUAUUGUAUCUGCAGGACGCCCUAUGACGAUUCACAAUUUUAUAUUGGCUGUGAUCGCUGCCAGAACUGGUUCCACGGGCGCUGCGUCGGGAUAUUGCAGAGCGAGGCGGAUUUGAUCGAUGAAUACGUGUGCCCGGAAUGCCAGUCCACAGAGGACGCCAUGACUGUUCUAAGCCCGCUUACCGAUAAGGAUUAUGAAGGACUGAAGCGCUUCCUGAGGUCGCUGCAGACUCAUAAAGAAGCCUGGCCCUUUCUGGAGGCUGUUGAUCCUGAAGACGCCCCGGAUUACUAUGCCGUGAUCAAGGAGCCAAUGGACCUGUCCACCAUGGAGGAGAGAAUCCGCACCCGAUACUACAAGAAACUGACCGAGUUUGUGGCUGACAUGACCAAAAUAUUUGACAAUUGCCGAUACUACAACUCCAGCGAAUCGCUAUUUUGCAAGAGCGCAGACGCCCUGGAGAAGUUCUUUGUACAGAAGCUGAAAGCCUUCAAAGCCAGCAGGUUGUGAUUCUUGUAGCCCCCCGGAUGCCGGACGUUGUCUCCAUCAGUUUUUUUGUUAUUUUUUUUUGUUCCCGACACCAACAAACCCGCCUCCUCCCCUGGCCCGCCCCCUUCCCGCCAUCUCUCCACCACGCAUGGUCACCCAUUGCACGGCCACUUGGCUCCGUACUGUACCUUGGAAGCUGGGCCCAAGUGCCUGACACUGUCGCCUGUCAUGUCCGGUUCCACUGUCGGCAGUCCUUGUACUAUAUAGUAUAUAUUUUUGUACAUAGAUGUUGAACAUUUGACGCUGUUUGUGAAUAUCCAUUUUCGGCAGAAGUUGAUGUGUAGAACAUUUUCAUCGCAUAUGUCUAUUUUUUUUUCUUCUUCUUCUUCUUUUUUUAUGAUCUGAUCACCAAGUACAUCAAAUGUUUACAGUUUCCGAAUUCAUAAAUUCAUUUUGAGAAAAUCAUUAAAUUCAUCUUCCCCCGUCGCGGCAUCCUCCUCCUCCAUGCAGUUUAUGUUUCAAUCGACCCGACAGACGUAACCAAGUACAAUCCUGACGUUGUUUACAGGUCUCACAGCAACAAACUCCAGUCGGUCCAUUAACUGUCGGUGACGGGCGGCGGCGGCGGCGCUGCGCACCCUCUGCUUGGGUGAGAGAGAGAAAACGAGAACAGGACUCGAGACUUUGAACUCUAUUCCUCCUCAAGCUAUUCGGAUCGAAGAAUUAAUUUGUCCAAAGGACAAGAAGCGGAAGAGAGACGGGCCCCCGGGGGGGUGGGUUUGACGUUUUUUUUUUUUUUUUUCUUCCAGCACCGACUGAAGUCUUUUGCGGCACAAGCAGGAAGAGGCGGGGCAGGAAAACAUAUUUUUUUUUGGGGGGGAAGGCGGGCUUUUUGGAUUCAGCGAUGGAGUUGGACGGGAGCUCCAUGGAUCAUGACGACGCAUGUUCUUCAAUGAAGAAGCUGGUUUAAACAAACAAACAAAAAAAAAUCCUCACAGAUUUCUUUGUAUUUAUUUAUUGUUCAGAGACACUUUUUUAUCGCUACUCUCAUUUGUCGACUAAUUAUUUUUUCUUAUUAAAAUAUAAAAAAAAAAAAGAAAAUUUGUUUCUAAAACGAAAAAAAAAAAAAUAAACAAAAAAAAAAAGACGAGAGAAGGGAGGAGGCUGAUCCGAUUUAAAAUUUGUCCUGUAUUUUAACACAAUUCCUGUAAUAAAAAAAAAAAAAAACAGAUAAUAAAGAACAAGUCUUUUCUUUCUAUGAAAGGAGCUUCUACCUUCCCCUCCCCCCCACCCACCCCCUAAAUAAGUGGAGAUUCAGCGGAGUUUCUUGUUCAUGGUACAGAAGAGAGGAGCGACAACGCAAGGAAAUGACAAGGAAUUAGGGAAACCAAACUGUUGUGCGCUCCAAACCGGCUCUCGGCGUCCUGUCUCAAGGUAUCUUGUUUGUACACAUUUGUCAGAAUUCAAAUUUUUUUUUUCUUUUGUAUGUAAAACUGAAAAUAUGGAUGUAUAUGACACAAUAAAUGGAGAUUAUCUUCUCCCUAGAGAUCUGUAA